AUGGCAGAAACUAUGCAUGGCUCGGCCGAUGCACGAGUCCUGAAUGGUCGGGAAAAUCCAGGAUUGCCCUUCACAAGGGUUUUUGGUAACGUGAGCUUCGACACGCCGUGGGCCCGUGAGGACUACAUCGAGUCCAAGGUGCUCAGGUGUGACGUGACGUUCAAAGGCUAUUAUCAUCAUAAUGUGAUCACUGCCGAGUGCAUGAAUGUGACGGUCCAGAUCGAGGCUGGCCACCGUGGGGUCAUGAUCGGAGGGCCCAAAUCGUGUGGAAAAUCUCAACACAAAGAGAUUAUGGUUACUAGCUAG